UAAACUUGAAUUUAAACAUGAAAAAUAUUCUUCUUAAUUAGCAGGCAGGGCAGGACGAGUUACGAUAAAAAGCAGGGCAGGGUAGGGCAAUAAAAUUGGCCCUGUGGACACCUCUGGUAAGAAUAACUGAUAUUUUUUGAUCAACUAUUUUUUCAGCCUAGGUGAAAUUUAUAUUAUCUUAUUCAGGACAAGGGGAAAAUACAGAUACUUGCUGAAUAUUUUGCUGCGUGUUUUAAAAAGUAAUUAUACAUAUUAGGUAAAAAACGCAAACGUUUAAGUGGUGGUGGUGUAAAACUUGAGUUCGUUGACCUUGAUCAUCGAUUAUUAUUAUAGUUUCGAGAGAAACGGACAUUUAUUGAUCCAAAAGCUGUUGCUACAACUGAUACAACAACAAUAAGACGUGAAAAGGUAACAUUUCGUCAAUUAGAACGGCAAGGCAAAUUAUUAAGUAUGGAAUUAAAACAUGCUUGUCCAAGUACGAAAUGGUUUGGGAAAUUCAUGCGCCGCCAUCGUUUAUCGCUUCAAAAACCGAAAAUAAAUCAAAAAGCUUCAUUGCCCGAUGCGUAUCCACUUAUAAACAAUUUCUAUGACUAUAUUCGUCGAGCAAGUCAAUGGGCACCAAGCCGUGGACCUAUGGGAGCAUUCCUUCCACGAGAUGUAUGCAACAUGGACGAAAGUUCAUUAAGUUUAUUUGGAGAUCAAUCGAUAUUAUCGAUAAAUGAUGUCAAUACAUCGAAUAAUAUUGAAGGUUGUAUUAGUAAUAAAAAAAUACGCUUUUAUUAG